AUGCUCUACGACCUCAACAUCGCUUGGUCGCCCUCGACCACCCCCGACCAACUCCUGCAGACCCUCACUCUAUCGUCCUCGCUCGGCUACUCGACUGUCGCCCUGAGCCACGAGCUCACCCUUCCCUUUCCCGCCACCCCCGUCGCGCCUUUCCCCAAGCUACCAACAUCGUCCGCAAAGCUCCCAAACAUCCUCCACCGCGCAACACUCCCGCUCACAGAUCCGGCGGCCUCAAAUUACCGCUUGGCCUCCCUUGUUGCUGCGUACGAUAUCCUCGCCAUCCGGCCUCUGACCGAUAAAGCCUUUCAGAAUGCCUGCCUCACCCUCGACGUACCGAUAAUAUCCAUGGAUUUUACCCAGCACUUUCAGUUCCACUUUCGUCCGAAGCCUUGUAUGGCUGCCGUAACACGCGGUGUGCGAUUCGAGGUGUGCUACAGCCAAGCCCUAGCCGCUGACGCUCGAGGUCGCGCAAACUUCAUUAGCAAUGUCACGAGUUUGGUGCGGGCGACUCGCGGUCGGGGCAUCAUGAUCAGCAGUGAAGCAAAGGAUGCGCUAUCACUCCGUGCGCCUGCGGAUGUGGUCAACUUGCUGAACGUGUGGGGUCUGAAUAGCGAAAAGGGAAUGCAGGGCCUCGGCGCGAUACCCCGUUCCAUCGUGGUGAACGAGGGCAUGAAGAGGAGUGGAUUCAGAGGGGUCAUUGAUGUUGUCGAGGUUGCCAAGCGAGACGAGGAGCAAGGCGAUGCUGAUGAGGAUGGAAAGAAGGCCUCGGAGACUGGAAAGAAGAAGAACAAGGGACAGAAUCAGAAGCGCAAAAGUGACGGGGAGGACGCUCAACCGAUGAGCAAGCGACAGGCCAAGAAGAUGAAGCUGGCGUCAAGAGGAGCAGGACCAGACAAGAAAUGA